AGGUUAACGCGUCAGAAAAUGGUGAAAACGCUACCCGCGAAGAAAGGGAACUCGAAGAAUAAAGCUGUGAUAAAAGUUUCGGCGAAGAAUGAACUUCGUAGAAAACGAGAGGUAGCUGGAAAGCUUCGAAGGAAAAAUAGGAAAAUCAGUCGUUCGAAGAAACGGAAAGAUAAGUUGAAAUCUACGAUUGAUCCGGGAAGUACCGAAAAAGUCGAUGGUGAGCAUGAAGAUUUGGACGACCUCAUGGACAUGCUCGACCCUGAAUAUAAGUCGACGGCGCGGGAAAAACAUCGUGAUGUGGAGAAUUCAGAGCAAAUCGAGGAUGAUGCUGAAGUUUUUGAAAGGGCGUAUAUCAAUCAACGCAUGAGAAUGUAUGAUGGUCAGCGUAAAAAGAAUCUUCUGCCGAUUAAAACCUCGGAAGGAUUUGUUGCUCGAACAAGAGAUGCAUUGUUCGAAGCAGAGGAGGAGGACGUUGACGAAAAAGAAGACGAUGACUCUACUAGGAUUGAAAAUGAAGAACCAGAAGAAACUGUGCACCUUACGGAAGAAGAACGCAGAGCAAAAUUUGCCGCGAAUGUUGAAGAAAUGCGCAUCAAAAUCGGUGCCUGGAGCAGUUCACUUGUUGAGGAUCCUGAAAAUAAUAUCGAACAUUUGAAACACAUUUUGGCGAUUCUGAACGAAGGCAGGUCUUCGGUCACUCCGGGACUGAGGCAACUCGCAGCAGUUUCUUUGAAAGAAGUGUUCGUUGAUAUAAUCCCUGGAUACUGCAUUCAGUCUCAUGACGUCGAAUCGAAGAAAGUCAAGAAAGAAACGUUGAAACUAUGGAAAUUCGAGAAUGAUCUACUUCACGCCUACAAGUCUUACCUGACUAAACUUGAGAGCUUUGCUGGAUUCUUCAAGCGCCAUAUUUCUAGUCAAGAUCCGGCGAAUCCGAACUUGAUUUCAAAUUUCCGUACUGGUAUCGUUGCGGUGAAUUGCAUGAAAGACCUACUCGUGGCGCAUCCACAAUUCAACUAUGCCGUGAAUUUGACGAAAAUAAUUGUGAACUUGGCUGCUCAUCCACAUCCGGAAAUCGGGCUUCCGUGCAACAAAGCUCUGACUCUUUUGUUCAGACAAGACAACGUUGGUGAAGUCUCCCUGCAGGCAGUGAAGCAGUUGUACGCAUUAUCCAAAAAGAAGAAUUAUCUUUUACCUGCUCGAUUAUUUGAGCCGCUCCUCGCCUUGAGAUUACACCACGUGAAAGCUGACGAAGAAGUACGAGCGGAGAUGCAGCGAAAAAUCUUGGAUAAGCAGCAAGAAAAGCGUCUUUCACGCCGUGAGCAAAAGGAGCGAAAAUUGGUGAAAAUAGUGAAGAAAGAUCUAGAGCUGACGGACGCUGAAGAAAGUGCGCAGAAGAAGGAAAAAUUUCAAACAGAAACUUUGAACGUCGUUUUUACGAUUUAUUUUCGAGUGUUGAAAUCUCGCCCGAAUCCGAAGCUGCUUUCAGCUUGCUUGGAAGGUCUCGCAAAGUAUUCGCAUCUCAUAAACUUGGAUUUCUUCCCGGAUUUGGUGAAUGUUCUUCACGAGUUAGCAUCACAGGCGCUUGUGGAUGAAGCAGACAUGAAUGAUGAUGAUGAUGAUGAGUGUGACAGUGGUUUAGGAGAGGAAGAUGACAAAGCAAUUCGAGUAGGAGCCCGAUUGAACGCUUGGCAGGCGUUGCAUUGUGUGAGAGCAGCGUUUUCGAUCGUGAGCGGAGAAGGAAAGUCCCUAGCGAUCGAACCAAUUCGAUUCUACGCCUUGCUUUAUUAUGCUUUGCUGGCCGUGAAUGCGACAACUCCAGUGCGUGAUCAAUCAGCAACUUUGGACACAUUGGUAACAGCGCUGACGGAUAGACGGAAAGCUUUGUCGACCUCCAGGUGCCUCGCGUUCUGUAAGAGGUUGCUCACCAUGGCAACGCAUCACGCUCAUCCCAUGGCUUUAGCGUAUAUGAACGUUUGCCGCGUUUUCAUGACGACCCAUAAAGCUACUUCGAGCUUGGUUGAUUUUGGGGACGACGGACCAGCAGGAAAGGAUUUGUUCAAUCCUGAGAGCCGGGAUCCGGAACACAGUAUGGCACAAACUGCGAUUGCGUGGGAGCUGGGUGUGCUUCAGGAGCAUUACAAUCCGGUUGUAUCGAAAUUCGCGAGGCAUUUGGCCUGUGGUUGCCCGCCAUCUGGGAAAGGACAUUUGCCAAUGGAACUCGCCAAACUAAACGUGAAAGAGAUUUUCGACGAAUUCGCCAUGGGAGAUGGAACACGAUUCCGUCCAGUGAUUCCACUGCCGCAACCGCCGACAGAGAAGUGUUUCAAGGGACGUUCGCAUGUUUGGAAAGACCCCGAAUUGCGGCGACUGGCGCACGAGGCGGCAAGUGCCAAGUGCGCCUUUGCAAAAUUCGUUAGAAUAAUGGAAGAAGUGAAAAAGUUUCCGUCAGAGCAAGUGUCGGUGUUGGCGCGUCGCAGAAAACGCGCGGAAAGCCAAGCGAAGGAAGCCAAGAAUUUUGCGAGAGCCCGGAAAAUCGACUACAAGAAGAAAAAGAGAACGACAUUCAAGCACUUGGAGGAGUUCAUCCGAAGGGCAGAGAACCGGAUCCAAGACGGGUACCGUGUCCAAAGCUCGUUACAAAGACGAAGAAACCUCGAAAAUGGGCUCGGUGACCUCGUCGUCGUAAUCAUGAUUCGCCCCGUCGAAGGCAAUCAUCCCAGCGUGAAAAAGGUCAUGUCGUUGCUGCGACUCUCUGUCGUCAACUCUGCCGUUUUUCUCCUCGUGAACCCGGCAACCCGGCGAUUGUUGCAGAUUGUCGAGCCCUACGUUACGUGGGGCACGCCUGGUGUGAAAGUUGUGCGGGAUUUGUUGUACAAGCGUGGGAAUUGUUACGUGAACGGGAAACGAACGCCGAUCGUGUCGAACGAGCUGGUGGAGCUUUCCCUCGGGGAACAUCAGGUGAUUUGCAUGGAAGAUUUGUUGAUGCAGAUUGUGACGAAGGGAUCCGGUUUUGAGCAUUGCGUUGACUUUUUGGCGCCGUUCAGGCUAAAUUUGCCGACCGGUAAUUGGAAGAAAUCUAAGGAACUCUUUUCAAAGGGCGGUGAAUGUGGUGACAGAGGUGAAGAGAUAAAUGGUUUGUUGGAGAGAAUGAUUUAGUUCUGUCGGUUAAUAAUAAAAUGAUGGGAAUUUUUCCACUUCAA